ACUUGGAUUCAUCUUUCUCCCCUAAAAAGGGCUUCUGUAUCAGACUGGCUUGUAGAGACAAUUGGUGAGCUCAGAGUCAUCUCAAAGCAGUGCUCUGGUAAUAAUAAAGUACCAAUGCCAGAACGAUCAGAAGACAACGUCAGAAGCAGACAGCUGUGCCAAGAUGCUAGACCUGACAGGCAGGUCAUGGCAUCACCAAGCCAAAGUUUGUAUUCCACUUUAGAUGAUAACCAGCGAGUGAACUUUCGAGAGAAGCUUCUGAUUAUUGACUUGUCCCUGGAGGAUCGAGACGUGGAGUGCUUGAAGUUUCUCUGCCAAGACUACAUCACCUUCGGAAAACUGGAAAAGUGCAGCAGAGCCUUGGAUAUUUUUGAGUACCUGCUGCAACAGGAGCUGCUGAGUGAGGAAGACCCCUUCUUCCUAGCAGAGCUCCUCUACAUCAUAGAGCAGAAGAUCCUGCUGAAGCACCUUGACUACACCAAGGAGCAGGUGGAAUGUUGGCUGCAAACCCGCCGCAGGGUCUCUCACUUCAGAAACCUGCUCUAUGAACUGUCAGAAGGCAUCAGCUCAGAGAACCUCCAGAGCAUGAUCUUCCUUCUGAAUGAGUCAAUUCCAAAUGUCCAGAUGACCUCUAGAAGUUUCUUGACAUGUCUGGAGAAACAAGCUAAAAUAGAUGAAGAUAAUGUGACAUUACUGGAGAAUCUCUGCCAAAAAAUUGUGCCAAACCUUAUGGAAAAGCUACAUAAAUACAAAAGAGAGAGAAGUGAAAUUAAAAACCAGAUGCUUCAGGCUGCUUUCACACUACGUAAAAAAGCAGUGUUGCUUGCACCACAGAAAAAAUGGUGACCAUGGAAGAGAGUUUUGAUUGGUUCUUAGACUUGAAAGACCCUUUGGUCAUUGCUUCCAACCUCCCAGGCAUCAUAGAAAUCAGUGGCAGUUCAUUCUAGUAAUAAAACUUGCCCUGUUUUCUAA